AUGUAAAGAAGAGUGUUAAAGCAGAGGAAUAUUCACAUCUUGUGCCUGUAGUUUCAGGAAAAGGAUGUUGUUGUAGCUGCUGUAAAAGUGCUCCACCACCAGUACGCCAAUCUGAAAUAGUCGAGGCGAAGAAUGCACAACGUGUUAUAACAAUACAUCUUCAAUAUUCAAAAUACAGUAAUUUGGAUACGGUAUCAAAUGCACGCAUUCUUCCUGAAUCAGAUCGUGCAGAAUUCUACAAGCAACAGUUUCGACCGUAUGAGCAAUUGCAAUUCUAUCUAGUUCGGAAUGCGGAGUAUGAUGCAACUAACUUUGAUCAAAAGAAAGAGCAAGCUGAAAAUCUUUGUCGUAUUAUUAUGCAGCUAAAGGGAAUGAAUGGUGGUGUUACUAAUACUAGUGUGCGUCUUGUUACCAAAGAAGAUGUGGUAGUUCCUGCUGCUUCUCUACACUAUCCAAGUCCACAAGAGCUUCAGCAAAUAUUGAAUCAGUCGUAUGUAGGUAUCUUUGGUGAUGCACAUCAGGAGGGCUUACAUUCAAUUAAGACACAUCAAGAUUUUGGAACACAUGUACCAGUACCGGUAACGACAACGGUUGUAACAAGGGCAGCAGUGCGACCAACAGAUAAGCCAACGAAAAACAAUAAAUAA